AACAUAAAUGGAGGGGAGGUACACCAGGAACCUUGCAGAUCUCACACAGAGAGUAGGACAGGAGAAAAUGAACAGCAUGACAUGGGAGAGGAGGGAAGAUUCAAGCUUACAAGGCUGCAGCUUUGCUACAGAUGCUCAAGAUGGUUUUUACUGCCAGCUACAGUCAAGGUCUGAAACACUGAAAACAAGAUGAAAUAAAUGAAAAAUAAAGAAAGAAAACAAAAAGGUGCCAGGAGAAUAUUGGCUCUUUAAGAUUCCCUUUCCUGUAUCAUGGCUGAUCCUGAUGACUUUGCAAGCCUUGCUGUGCACUGGAAUGCAUCUGACAGCUAUCAGUUUAAUCCCGCAACCGUGAUUGUCUCUGUGGUCUUCUCUCUUAUCUUCCUUUUGGGAACGGUUGGGAACAGCCUCGUUCUGGCAGUACUCCUCCGCAAUGGUCAGAUGGGACAUAAUACAACCAAUCUGUUUAUUCUGAAUCUGAGUGUGGCAGACUUUUUCUUCAUUAUAUUUUGUGUGCCCUUUCAAGCAACCAUAUAUUCUCUGGAAGGCUGGUUCUUUGGAUCCUUCAUGUGUAAGGUGGUACAUUUUUUCAUCUACCUUACCAUGUAUGCCAGCAGCUUUACACUUGCAGCAGUAUCUGUGGACAGGUAUCUUGCUAUCAGGUAUCCACUGCGUUCCAGAGAACUGAGGACCCCAUGCAAUGCAGUUGCUGCUAUGACGAUCAUUUGGGGACUUUCGAUAAUCUUCGCUGGACCAUAUCUGAGUUACUAUGAUCUCAUUGACUAUGACUCGUCUCAUAUCUGUGUCCCAGGAUGGGAAGAAUGGAAACGCAAAAUUAUAGAUACAUACACCUUCAUCUGUGGCUAUAUAAUUCCAGUGCUAAUUGUCAGCCUUUCAUACACUCGCACUAUAAAAUACCUUUGGACUGCAGUCGACCCUUUGGAAGACAUGUCAGAGUCCCGGAAAGCAAAACGGAAAGUAACAAAAAUGAUCAUCAUUGUGACUGUCCUUUUCUGUUUGUGCUGGCUGCCAUACCAUGUUGUGAUUUUGUGUUACCUGUAUGGAGAUUUUCCUUUCAACCAAGCCACUUACGCAGUCCGGUUACUGUCACACUGCAUGGCUUAUGCUAACUCUUGCCUGAAUCCAAUAGUCUAUGCUUUGGUGUCAAAGCACUUCCGUAAGGGAUUUAAGAAAGUAUUCACUUGUCUUUUAAGGAAAAAGGGACGUAAUAAAGUUCACGCUGUUCAUGUGGCAAACACAGUGCCUGGUUUUGAGGCUGGGUCUACUGACGUGUCACAAAUGAAUGAAGAUAACAUAAGACAGAAUGAAUGUGAGUUAGGAGGCAGGCCGAUUGUUAGAGCUCAUGCUUCCAUCAGGCCAAUUAUACCCUUAAAACAGCAAACAUGACAAAGUAGAUUGGUUACUGAUAAAACACACAGAAUGAUUACUUCAAAGAGUUCCUUUACAAUUAAAUGGUUGUACUGCCUCAGAACAUUACUUGUGUCUGCCCAGAUGAUAGUUAAUCGAUUUUAGUUAGGUGGCAGUUACUAUGUAUGUCACUAUUACUUUCACACUGACUAGGUCAUGGACUCCUUGAAGGACAAUACUGCACAAUAGUAAACUACUUUGACUUGCUGAACAAAGAUUAUAUCUCUUUGUCAAAUCAACUGCACUUUAUUAUACUUUUCUUCAGAACUAUGGCUAUAUAUUUACACAUAGCAAGUGGAGUGGGGGUGUUGAUUCUGCCAAAUGUCUUGGAGCUGAUGAUCAUUUUACAAAAUGUAGAAAUUUUUCAUUUAAUAAUGAAUAAUGUAGUACAUUCUCUUACAGAUGGAAAGGAACUACAGCUCAAUUUAUUUACGUAUAAGCACAACAUUGACAUCAGGCUCUUAAUUCUCAACAUUUUUUCCUUAUAGUCCAGGAAUAGUUGAUAUUAUUUCAUGCUAUUUGUACGAGUUUUCUUUUUAGUGAUAUUAGCAUUACUCAGUUAUAAGGAAACGGACCUUAUUUGAAUAUACUGUUUCUGAUUCUGAAAUGCAGUAGAAGCUGUGUUAAUGUUAUACAUGCUUUGGCAGAAUGUAUCACGGAAUAACUCUGUUGCCCAUUUUGAUACAAAAUAAUGCAUUAUUACAGUUGAAGUCUGGACUGGCCAAACAGCAACAAAUAAGCUAUAGUGGCAGUGAUUUGGACAGCCUUGGAUUUCUGGGUGAAGCAGUGACUCUAUCUUUAUAUUAAGAGUUAACUCUUGAUAUGUUUUUGGUGUUUAAAGAAAUGGCAGCCCAUUUAGAAUUACUAGUUGAUUUGAAUUAAUGUUAUUCUUCAUUAUUGCUUUAUUUUUGAUUAUUUUAUUUAGAAAUACAGGUAGACAAUCCCUAAUUUGAAACCCUUGGGACAAGCCGAGUUUCGAAUUUCAGAAUUUUUUUGAUUUUAGAGCCUCAGACAAUGAAUUAGGAGUCAAAAUCUACAGUUAAUGUUUACUGCUAGUAGUAGAUGACAAGAAGGCAGUGAAACGACAUUGCAUUGCAUAAAGCUUGUAUGCUGUGCUAUGAAGAAUUGAAAUGACUAAUUUUUCAAAAUUCAGGUGCACAACAUUUAUUUCGAGUAAGACUCAAGAUUGUUGGAACUGCUCACUGAUCCACUUCCACACACACACACACACACACACACACACACACACACACACACACACACACACACACACACACACACACACACACACACACACACUCUGGGUGUAAUCAUAAGGUGCUGUAGAAGGUGCAGGGUUGGAUCACGGAUUGUGACUGUCAUCAUCAAGUUGUAGUUGGACGUCUGAUGAUGGGCCAGGAACAGGAUUCUUAGGUGAUGAAGUAAUUCUGCAGCAGACAGCCUUCUUAAAGACUAAGUGUCAUCUGUCUCAUUAACAUAGGUUUCUGUUGAAGCAGUCUCUCUUUAACUGAGUAAAUUGCUAUUAUCUCUUGCUUACUGAUAAAUUCAUGUUGUUCAAGGCCUGCAGUUAACUGAUCACACAUUUUCACCAUAUCACUAAUGGGAUUUUUGCACUAGUGUCCACAGUGUCCUCAUCACUACUAUUCUCAUGCUUAUCUGCAUUUAACACCAUUGCAGCAAUUUCUCCAUCACUCAAGGAAUGCACAAUGAGUGCAUCUUUGUCAAUGUUUAACAUUUCUUCUAUGUCAGCUUCCUGUAAGUUGUUUACACUUGCAGCCAAUAAACUUCUGGAGCAUGUUACAAGGUUAGAUAUCAUCUUCUCAUCAGAGACAUGAAAUCCUUCAAAGUUUUUAUCUGUUGGUUCAUUUUCUUCAAACAUUGUUCUAAGCCAAAGUUUGUGCCAAGCAUUAGUUAAUGUUGAUUUCUCAACACCCUUCCAACCAUUAGCAACUGCGUAAAUGGUAUCCUUAACACUGAACUCUUUCAGGAAGACUUGGAUUCCUACACCUGUGUUGACUGCAGCAAGUAUACAGUUUAAAAAUGUUUUUUUUGUAUUUGCUCUUCAUUGAUUGUAAAAUUCCCUGGUCACAAGGCUGAAAUAGUGAUGUAACAUUUCAGGGAAGGUAAAUUACAAAAACAUUGCUUUUCACAAGAAGUUCAGCAGGGGAAUGUGCAGAGUAAUUAUCCAGGAACAGUAACAUUUUACAGUUUUCUUCCAGCCUAGCUUUCCUGCAGUGAGUUGUGCUUCUGGUAUGAAGUGGUUAUUGAACCAGUCAGAAAACAUUUCUCGGAUAACCCAUGCAUAAUAAUGCAAGGGUAAGUGGCAUACACCUUUCAGGCAUCUUGGAAGUUUGCUUUUUCCAAUUACUGCCAACUUUGUCAUGUGUGUCUGGAGCAUUUAGCAUCCUUACAACCUGUUGGUGCUUUCUUGUCAGCCAUUAUUAAUGUUUUUCUAUGGAUGUAAUGCCAGUAGACAGCUGUUUCAUCAACAUUUUACACUUGUUCAGGACUUAGGUUUUCAUCCGAUAUUAUCCUGAUGAAUUUGUCAAUGUAAUUUUCAGCUCCUUCAUGAUUAGCUGAAGCUUUUUCACCACAAAUUUUCAGAUAUUUUAAACUAUUACACUUCUUAAAUUCCUCCAGCUAACCUGAAUAUUGACAAUCACCUUCAAUUUAAAAUCCUUCAUGAUAUAAUCUUGCUUGUUUCAUGAGCAGCAAACCAGUCAGUGACAUACGUUCACUUCUUUGUUGUCAAAUCCACUCCAUCAAUGCAUGGUCAAGUUUUUCAUUUUUUGCAUUAUGCAGUGUUUUCCUAACGUUUGUUAGUUUAUGGUCCUCACUGUCACUAUAAAAUUUGACCAAAUUGUCUUUCUGCCACUUUAAAUCAUACAUGUGGCAGUUCCGACACCAUAUUCUUCAGUAAGAUGUUGCAUGGACACACCACGAUCAAGCUUCUGCAAUAACUCCACCAUCUGCUUUAUUGAUACCGACUGAUUUGUUUCCUUUAGUUUUUCAUUUUCUCAGUGUUACCCACUGGAGCAUCUGCAAUUCUAUUAGACAUUUUCACAGUGAAAUUAAAGACAGAGCAAUAAAGGUAUCGGUGAGCAGCAGGCACACUUAUGCACUUACACACUUCUAUUAGUAAGAGCGCUGAGGAGUGGGUGGGGCCAACAAGUGCCAGAAAAUCUUCAGAUUUCAGAGCUUUUUGUAUUUUGGAAUUUCAUAUUAGGGAUUGUCAGCCUGUAUAAAUAAGUAAUUUUUAAAGCAUUGGAUUAUUGUUAUUGACACCUUUCUGCAUUCACACUUAUU